AUGGCAGCAAAUAAAGGUCAUAUUCACAUUGAAGAAACUCUUCAUGAAAAGGCUGGUCAAAUCAGUGAAGUUGAAUAUAUAUACAAAGAAAGUUUUAAUAGUGGCAACGAACGCAACUAUACAAUAUCAGUGAAACGAGCAGAUUAUGAACGAUUAGCAGCUACAAUAGGUAAACCAACAUUACCAUUUGAUAAAUUUGCCAAAGUUUUAAAACCAUUCAUGAUGGGUGCCUAUGCAGCUGCUGAUGUACCGGAAGCAUUUCGUCUUUUAGAUGCUGAUCAUUCAGGCACAAUUGAUAUUGGAGAAUUAGCUGCUUUUAUGCCAGUUAUCAUACCUGAUGGUAAUCCAUAUAUGCUCCUUCAUCAUAUUGAAAAGGUAGAUAAGAAUAAUGAUUACAAACUGAAUUUAGCUGAAUUUACUGACUUCGUCAAUAAAGGUAUUGGGCGAGAUUUUGCACUUGGACGCCUCUAA